AUGAGAGCUGCAGAAGCUACUCAAUUCUUGUUGAAUUUGAAUCCAAACCCGAAAAAUACGAAGGCAGUUUAUUGUUAUACGAUGUCUGCAUCUAAUCAAGAUUCUUUUUUCGAGCAGCCAAGAUUGGUUACCGAGAAAAUCUCGGCAAAACCUCAGAGUGAAGGUGUCGGUGCUGUUGUUAGAAGAAGCAUUGGAAGGCCUGAAGUGAAGUACUUCGAUCCUUUCCUCAUGUUGGACGAGUUUGCAGUUUCACCUCCGGCCGGAUUUCCCGACCAUCCCCAUCGAGGUUUUGAGACUGUUACAUACAUGUUGCAGGGGGCCUUCACUCAUCAAGAUUUUGCUGGUCACGAGGGUACAAUACGCACUGGUGAUGUCCAGUGGAUGACUGCAGGGAGGGGUAUUAUUCACUCAGAAAUGCCGGCUGGAGAAGGUACUCAAAGAGGUUUGCAAUUGUGGAUAAAUCUCUCUUCUGAGGACAAAAUGAUUGAACCAAGGUAUCAAGAACUGCUGGAUGAGGACAUUCCGAGGGCAGAGAAAGAUGGGGUCGAGGUUAAAGUCAUUGCAGGGGAAGCUAUGGGGAUUCAUUCUCCGGUGAAGGUGUGUUUGGCUCCCACAACUCGCCAGCCUCGACAGCUCACCACCUACUGA